AUGGCAGGAUUAGGUAACCAAAGGUCACUCGUGAGAAACAUGAAUCCUCAAUACGACAGUGCUUUACUAGGCAUCUUGCAGCAUGAGGGAAAGCUGGAGAAAUUUCUAGACGUGAUUUUCGGAUUUUUAAUGCGCAGGACUGAUUUUUUCUAUAUCAUGACACCAGAACAAAAGAAGUUGGGUUUCCCGAAUGGUGUGAGCAUUCAAAUGGUCCUCAAGGCUUAUGAGAAAUAUAAAACAAUAUUUGAGGGUUAUCAGCAUCUCCGUGAAGAAUCACCAACUAAUCUACCUACUAAAAAUCAAGAGGCAGCUUACAGAAAAGACUUAAGUGAGUCCGGUACCACCCGUUUGCCUUCGGAUGGCAAUGGGAGCACUUGUGAAAAUGCUUUAGAAGUUAAAAAUCCUGUACCCGAAACUGAGGCGCAAGACAACGAUGUACCAAGUGUAUACCAAGCAGAUGCAGAUAGUUACAAUGGAGCCACAAGAGAUAAUUACACAUGGAGCCAAAGUGUCAAGGAUAUUGACAUUAAAAUUAAGACUCCAGAAAGUGUAAUAAACGCCCGUGACGUGUCUGUGAACGUUGAACGUAAACGUAUCCGUAUUUCAAUUAGACAAAAUGGCCAAGAAACACCUUAUUUUGAUCGUAAUUUGUGUUGGGAUAUUCAUAGAGAUAAUGCCGUCUGGACGUUUCAUCCAAAGGAAAACCAAAUUCACUUAUGUCUUGAUAAAGUCCAGGAGCGUUGGUGGGAGGCAGCGUUUGAUGGCGAAGCCAAAAUAAACACUCGGAAAAUUGAUUGCUCUCAAGCUAUGCAUGAACUAGAUGAUGAAGCCCAGGCCAAAAUCCAUCAGCUAAUGUACGAUGAACAGUGCAAGCGUCAGGGAUUGCCUACCAGUGCGCAAGAAAAAAUACAAAAUAUACUCGCAGAUGCUUGGGACAAAGAGGGUUCACCUUUUCGAGGAACUAACUAUGACCCCACAAAAGUCAAACUGGAUAAAUCAAGUGUGCACAUUGAAAUAUGA